CGUGUGUACAGGUACGUGUGCCGCCUGACCCUAAACCAUCCUUUGUCUAUAUAUGUUCUAGAACGUUCAAUCACUUUACUCGUUCUAGCUUCAUCUCUGUGUCUCGGUCACUGUGAUUUGCACCAUAUACCAUUAUUUUUCAGAUUAGAAGAGAGAAAUGGCGACAAAGAGGAGCGUGUCUACGUUGAAGGAGGGUGAUCUGAAAGGAAAGAGGGUGUUCGUUAGGGUGGAUCUCAACGUUCCUUUGGAUGAUAACAGCAAAAUCACCGAUGACACUAGGAUCCGUGCUGCUGUUCCCACUAUCAAGUACUUGACCGGUUAUGGCGCCAAGGUCAUCCUUGCCAGCCACUUGGGACGUCCAAAAGGUGUUACACCAAAGUACAGUUUGAAGCCGCUUGUGCCAAGACUUACUGAACUUCUUGGAGUUGAUGUCAAGAUGGCAAAUGACUCUAUUGGGGAGGAAGUUGAGAAAUUAGUUGCUAGUCUUCCAGAAGGUGGUGUGUUGCUGCUAGAGAAUGUUAGGUUCUACAAGGAGGAAGAGAAGAAUGACCCUGAGUAUGCAAAGAAGCUAGCUGGUCUUGCUGAUCUCUACGUCAAUGAUGCUUUCGGCACCGCUCACAGAGCUCAUGCUUCGACCGAAGGAGUUGCUAAGUACUUGAAACCUGCUGUUGCCGGAUUCCUCAUGCAGAAGGAACUUGACUACCUUGUUGGGGCUGUGUCGAACCCCAAGAAGCCGUUUGCUGCCAUUGUUGGUGGAUCAAAGGUUUCAACCAAGAUUGGAGUCAUUGAGUCCUUGUUGGAGAAGGUCGACCUUCUCUUGCUCGGUGGAGGAAUGAUCUUCACUUUCUACAAGGCUCAGGGUCACAAAGUUGGUUCAUCUCUUGUGGAGGAAGACAAGCUUGAUCUUGCAACCUCACUCUUUGAGAAGGCCAAGGCUAAAGGGGUUUCCCUAUUGCUUCCGACUGAUGUAGUUAUAGCAGAUAAGUUUGCUGCUGAUGCUAACAGCAAGACUGUGCCAGCAUCAGGUAUUCCAGACGGAUGGAUGGGGUUGGAUAUUGGACCUGAUUCCAUCAAAACAUUCAACGAAGCAUUGGACAAGACUAAGACAAUCAUCUGGAAUGGACCAAUGGGUGUUUUUGAGUUCGAGAAGUUUGCAGCAGGAACAGAGGCUGUUGCCAAGAAACUUGCAGAUCUGAGCGGCAAGGGUGUGACAACUAUCAUUGGAGGUGGCGAUUCAGUUGCGGCUGUGGAGAAGGUUGGCCUUGCAGACAAGAUGAGCCACAUUUCAACUGGUGGUGGUGCCAGCUUAGAGCUUCUUGAGGGGAAGCAGCUCCCUGGAGUCCUAGCCCUUGAUGAUGCUUGAGCAAUAAGAAAGUGAGAAGAUAAAUGAAAGAGAGAGAAGAAAACCGCUUGUGUAUUUUGUUCUUUUUUAUCAUGACGAUGGUUGGGUUUCGACCAUGAAAUGGAUUUGAGGGUACAUUAGAGUUGCUCUUGUAGAGGCUGAUAUAGGAUAGAUUUUCCAGAAAUAAGAGAGGUGUGGCAUCCAUAGUGGAUGCAUUGAGACUGUUCUUAAUUGGUUCCUGGAACAAUGUUCCAUCUCCAAAGUAGGUGUUUGCUAUAUUAAUUAUGUGUUCCUUUGGUGUUCA